CUUCGCCAUUCCUUGACAACUCCAUCUUCAACCUCCCACCUCCCCCUCCGCACGUGCAUCGCCAUCCUCGACUGAGCGCAUAUAUCCGCCGCAAUACCUCUCUGCGACUUUCGCAUCCCGAUACCAGAUCUCUGCAAAACAUGGCCGCUGUGAGUCCUCCCCUUCACCCAUCAACAGCUACUCAGGCACAGCUAUGACCGUCGAUUGUGGAUAGCGGAGGAUCUUUCUCACCAUCUGGGCCCCAUCUUCUCUUCAGCUUCGUCUACGCUGCGAUGGAAAUUUUGUGCUGACCGGGUAUCUUCAACAGCAACGCCCUCAUUCCUUCAAUCCUCCUGCCUACCUUCCAAACGGCGCUGCUAGUGGCCACCCUGGCUUGCCACCGGGAGCCGCACCUCUUCUACCUAAUAAUGGCCGAAUCAUUCAGCAAGGAGGGGUUAGAGUGCUUUGUGUAGCAGAUGUGCGAGGUGAGAUGCAACCCGACGUUAGAUCUUCGAAUUGCAAGGCUGACCAAGAUCAGGAAAUCUGAGAUCGCUCAAUGAGCUAGCGAAGCAGGCACGCGCAGACCAUAUCAUCCAUACUGGAGACUUUGGUUUCUACGACGAAACUUCCUUAGAACGUAUCGCAGAAAAGUGAGGAAGACCUUGUCCCCGAUGCAUCAAUAUGACAGAAUUGCUGACAUCCAACUUCCAGGACCCUAAAACAUGUCGCCCAAUAUUCACCCCUGAUCACUGAAGCCGUGAAGAAGUCAAUCGGCGCACCAGGUGGUCCAGUCAAACAGCGAUUUCCUGCUAACGAAUUACCUCUAUCCGAACUCCCACAAUUCCUCAAUGGCAGCCUGAAAUUGGAUGUACCAGUUUACACAGUCUGGGGUGCGUGUGAGGACGUAAGAGUGUUAGAAAAGUUCAGAUCGGGCGAGUACAAGGUAGAGAAGCUUCACAUUAUUGAUGAGGCUCGAUCGAUGCUUUUGGAGAUUGGUGGCGUCAAAUUGCGACUUCUCGGGUUGGGAGGUGCCGUGGUCAUGCACAAGCUCUUUGAUAAUGGAGAAGGACGAACGACUAUUGCCGGUGGUCAAGGUACUAUGUGGACGACUCUAUUACAGAUGGGAGAAUUAGUGGAUACAGCGAAUCGAGUUUACGACCCCACGGAGACGCGAAUCUUCAUCACUCACGCUUCCCCAGCUCGGGAAGGAAUUCUCAACCAAUUAUCUGUUACGCUCAAGUCCGAUUUCUCGAUAUCUGCAGGUCUUCAUUUCAGAUAUGGCAGUUCGUACAACGAGUUCAGUGUCAACCCCACUUUGGAUCACUAUCGUGGAAAGUUGGCUGCAUCCAAAGCCUCUUUCAAUGAUGUUUGGGAGACUGUCAAGUCUGAAGUCCAGCCAGCUAUUCAACAAAACGAGGCCCAGCAAAACCUUUUAAAUAAUGCGCUAGGCAUAGUUGAGAAGAUGCCCAGCACUGCCCUUGGUGGAAAUCCUUUCGGUGGUCCAGUUGGAGGAGCCAAUGCUGCAGCAGCUGGCCAGGUCGACGAGAGCGCUUUCAAGAACAUGUGGAACUUUAAUUUGGCCGAUGCAGCUUUCGGAUGGUUGGUUCUUGAAGUCCAAGAUGGCAGAAUUGGCACAGAAAUGAGAGCUCAAGGCUUUAACUUUGCCCACCGUGGUGCUAAGCAACAACCAGGCCUUGUUCCACAGCAACCUGCCCAAGCACCAUCAACGGGAACUGGUACUCCAGGUUCAAGCCAUGCUCUUGUUGCAUCUGCACCAACUGGUCCAGGACAACGAUCCCCAGCUGCUCAGCCUACGGCCCAGCCAUACAACCAAGGUGGACCUCGUUCACAACAGCAGCAACAACCAAGAGGCCCUCCAGGAGCUCCAUCUGAAUCGCCGGCUCCAAAGCCAGCUACUCCCCAGCCAUCGAAUGUUGUUAACCUUCCAGGUCCAAACUCCAAUAAGGAGAACGAGAAGGCAGGUGCUAAUGGAACACCUUCCAAUGCUCCUGAAGCUGUGUCUCCAUCAGCAAAGAACUCGGCCGAGCCUAUUAUCGGUCUGUUCGUGAUGAACGUCACAUCAGAUGAAGCCGUUACUGAAAUAUUUAACAAUGAGGACAAGCAAAAGAUUGUCCGAAUCGACAAAUGGGGACAAUCCAACAAAGUGGUUGUUUUCAAGACAGUCGAUGAGAGAGAUUCUGUUCUCGGCAACCUCCCAGAAGACAUGAAGUCGAGAUCUGGAGAGGAUAGAAGUCGACCUUUGGUCAAAGUCUUCCAGCCUAGGGAAAACAAGAAUUUUGAGGCUCGCCGUGGCGGUGCCGGAAGUUGGGGUAGCAGUGGACGUGGGAACAAUAAUACCAACGCAGCCGGCUAUCGAAGUGGAGGAGGUGGUGCAAGUGAUAGCGAAGGUGGCCGGGGCGGUAGAGGAGGUCGAGGAGGCGCCCGAGGAGGGCGUGGUGGUGAGCGUGGACGAGGACGAGGCAGAGGGUUCAACAAGAACGAAUCUUCGCCAGCGACAUCUAAUGCGACACCAGCUGCAGGCGAUUCUUGAUUCUCUCAUACUCUUGGGUCCGAUAUCCAUUUGCUUUUCGCCAAAAGUACUCCUUUCUUCGGUACAUUUUUUUCUAUUAAGGUGUGGUCUCAGAUCUCGGCAGCUGUGAUUUUUCGGCCAGCUUUUACAGGGUUCUGAUAUUAUGGGAUGGAGGGCGGAGUUUGACUAGCUUACGCACCACUAAUGAUGUGAGGAGCGAUGAUGGCUUCUUUUUUCUCUGUACUUUUGAUCACCAUUAUUGCAUCAUGGGUCGCCUCUGAUAGCGUUGCGUGUAUUCUAGUUUUUCCUUUACGCCGGAAGACAGUAACGCAGGUUGGUGGCGAUAUGGAGCAGCAUAGAAGUAACUAAAACGGUUGUACAUGUACAUUUUAU